CGUGCUGGCAUGUAAUGCACUUUGGCUACAUUUCGUGUGGGUAAGCCGUGUUCCUAAAAAUAACACACGUGUGAGAUGCGAACAUUAAUCGCUGCUAGGUUCGCAAAGCCCACGACGACGACAGUGGCGAAAAGAUUCCGAGCGUUUCUUUUGCACUCCCAAAUGGAUCGGGUCUGUCAUACUAAUACUGCGACCACGACAGCCCAGACCGAAAACAAGGUUUGACAAAUCAGGACCGCGGUUCGACAUACUCGCCUAAUGGAACGGUUCGCGGGCUUUUAGAGAACCGAAAGGCCCGCAGCUGUGAUAUAUCCCACCAUCCGCCACACUUGACAAUCCACCGUCACACUCUGGCUCUGUGUGAAAACAAUUGUAAUCGGAGUGGACGUUUCGAAUAUGGAUCGAAAUUAUAAGGAUGAUCAAAUAAAUGAGGUUGAAGCACUUGAAUCGAUUUAUUGUGACGAUAUAGAAGUUCUCCAAACUGAACCGUUCCACAAAUUUAAGAUAACGAUAGCCACUGAAGAAUACAAUUCCGAAGAAGAAAGUGGCCUGGUUUGUGGGUUAAUAUUCACAUAUACGGCAAAGUAUCCAGAUGAGGCACCAAUAGUAGAAAUCGAAGCUGCAGCUAAUUUUGAAGAAGAUUAUGAACACAGGUUGUUGGAACACAUAAAGUCAACAAUUCAAGAGAAUAUUGGAAUGGAAAUGAUAUUUUCCCUGGUGAGUAGCGCACAAGAAUGGCUCAACGUCAGAUGGGAUGAACACAAGUCUGCAGAAGAAAGUGAACGGGCAGAACAACUGAAGGAACAAGAAGAAGCUGAGAGGAAGAAGUUUGAAGGAACGCGUGUCAACGUAGAAACGUUUAUGAAUUGGAAAAUAAAGUUUGACGAGGAGAUGUGCAUCACAGCGAAAAAAGAAAAGGCAUUGAGUGACGGAAAGAAAUUAACUGGUAAAGAGUUGUUCUUACGUGACAACACGCUUAAUGAAUCAGAUAUUAAAUUUUUGCUUGAGGCUGGUGAUUCAGUGGAAAAUGUUAAAAUUGACGAAUCGUUGUUCCAAAAUUUAGAAGAUCUAGAGCUUGAAUCAGAAGACGAAGAUGAAGACUAUGUGCCGGGGAAAGAUUCAGACUGAACGUUUUUGUAGUGAAGACAGAUUAAUAAAUAUUCAAUAUACAUUCUA